AAGAGGCUGCCCUGGGGCUGGCAGUGACCCCCCAGGAGCCCCGCGAGCUCCCACCUUCACGUACCCGUGGGGCCGGGCGCUGGGAAUUCUCUUUGCUUCUUCCCCGUGACCAGCGCCCGCGUCAAAGCCAGGUGCUGCCUCCGCUCGGGUCCUCGGUGCUUGGCCGGGGGAUGUCCACCGCCCCGCGUGCAUUGUGGCAGCUUCCUGCCCGGGAAGGCUUCCUGCCCAGGCGCUCGCUGCUCACCCCGCUGCUCCAGGGUUGUCUGGAAACGUGGCUGGAGGGGAGGGGAGGGCCGGCCGUGGGCACAGUGGGUGCUGGGAGCGCACCGGUGCCUUCCGGCAGGCAGCUGCUCAGCAGAGCUCCGCUCCCCAGCCCGAGAGACGCCGCCGCACCCAGGGCUUUCGCUGCAGCUCCCGGAGCGCGAGGGGCUGCGCUCGCUGCUGCCCGCUGCCUGGCUGCUGAGCCGUACGUGCCGAGAAGCCCCAGGUGAGGGAUGCCGUAGAAUCGCGUUGGGGACGUGCCGUCCUUGGGCUGUGCCGCGCAGGGGACAGCCAUGGCUGGCUCAGCUCUGGGAGCCAUCCUCGCUGUGCUGGCCUCGCUCAUCAUCACUGCCAACGUGCUGGUGGCCAUCGCUCUCCUUUGCCUCAUCCAGAAGAGCGGCUCCAAGGGGCUCUAUUUUGUCCUUAAUCUCGCCGUUGCGGAUGCCAUGGUUGGCUUCACAGUCACGGGUCUGGUGAUGGAUGAGUUUUCCCAGCCCUUUUAUCCUUCCCAGAUCUUCUGCGUCCUGAGAAUGGCUUUCGUGACCUCCUCUUCCGCCGCCUCUAUCUUAUCCCUGAUUCUGGUUGCGUGCGACAGGCACCUGGCAAUCAGGAAGCCUUUCCACUAUUUCCAGCUGGUGACAGGCCUGCGGGUCGGGGUGCGCUUGGUGGGGCUCUGGCUGGUUGCUGCCGUCAUCGGCUUCCUCCCAGUCCUCAUCCCGGGCUUCCAGAACACCUCCACCGGGGAGAAGUGCUCCUUCUUCAGAGUCUUCCACCCCACCUACAUGCUCACCGUCUUCUGCGUCGGCUUCUUCCCAGCGCUCUUUCUCUUCAUUUAUCUCUACUGCGACAUGCUGAAAAUUGCCUCUGUGCACGUGCAGCAUAUCCGGGAAGUGGAGCACGCAGGGCUGGCGGGGGGCUGCCCCCCAUCCCGCACCACCAGCGACAUGAAGGCCAUGCGCACCGUCGCCGUGCUCAUCGGCUGCUUCACGCUGUCCUGGCUGCCCUUCUUCAUCGCCAGCAUCGUGCAAACCGUCUGUCCCGAGUGCUUCCCCUACAAAGUCAUCGAGCACUACCUCUGGCUGCUGGGACUGUGCAACUCCCUCCUGAACCCCCUGCUCUACUCCUGCUGGCAGAAGGACGUGCGGCUCCAGCUCUCCCGGCUGGCUGCGGGUGUGAAGAGGAGAGUCCUCCUCCACCUGGGGAACCGCCACCGCUUCCCCAGCAGAGGCACCAAGUCUCUCCCCACCGUGUCCUGCCUGCGGCUCCAGGACUGA